AUGGCAGAAGGCAGCAUUACGGUGUGUCCAGUGUGUCUGGAUCUCCUGAAGGAUCCAGUGACCAUCCAAUGUGGACACAGUUACUGGAAGAGCUGUAUUACAGACUGCUGGGAUCAGGCGGAUGAGAAGAGAGUCUACAGCUGCCCUCAGUGCAGACAGACCUUCAGUCCAAGACCUGCUUUAGCUAGAAACACCAUGCUGGCUGAAGUGGUGGAGAAACUGAAGAAGACCAAACUUACUGCUGACUGUUACGCUGGAGCUGGAGAAGUGCAGUGUGACGUCUGUACUGGAAUAAAAUACAAAGCCGUCAAGUCCUGUCUGGUGUGUCAGAACUCUUACUGUCAGAAUCACCUUCAACAACAUGAGAGUUUGUUUAAAGGAAAGAGACACAAUUUGACUGAAGCCACUGGACGACUGCAGGAGAUGAUCUGCCAGAAACAUGAGAAGCUCCUUCAGUUUUUUUGUUGUACUGACCAGAAAUGUAUAUGUGUGCAGUGUAUGAUGGAUGAACAUAAAAACCACAACAUUGUAUCAGCUGCAGCACAGAGGACAGAGAAUCAGCACCAGCUGAAAGAGAUGAAAAAGACGUUCCAGCAGAGAAUCCAGCAGAGAGAGAAAGAUCUUAAGCAGCUGAGAGAGGCUGUGGAGUCUCAUAAGCGCUCUGCACAGACAGCAGUGGAGGACAGUGAGAGGAUCUUUACUGAGCUCAUCCACUCCAUUGAGAGACGCCGCUCUGAGGUGACACAGUGGAUCAGAGAUCAGGAGAAGGCUGCAGUGAGUCGAGCUGAAGGACGACUGGAGCGACUGGAGCAGGAGAUCAAUGAUCUGAGGAGGAGAGACGCUGAGCUGGAGCAGCUUUCACACACACAGGAUCACAUCCAGUUCCUGCAGAGUUUCCAGUCCCUCUCAGCACCUCCUGAAUCUACGGACACACCCAAUAUGUCUUUCAGUUCUCUCGUCUCUUUUGAUGGCCUGAGAAAAUCUGUCUGUCAGCUGAGAGACAAACUGGAGGAUUUCUGCAAAGAGGAGCUCAAGAAGAUCUCAGACAGAGGUAAAGUCCUGGAGAUUCAUCUGCUCUCAGAAACCAGUCCAUCAUCAGCUCAUAUCAUAACCAGGAACGACUUCCUACAAUAUUCCCAUCAGUUCACUCUGGAUCUGAACACAGCGAAUCAACGCCUCUGUCUGUCUAAGAGCAACAGAGUGAUUACAUUCACUGGCGAAGUCCAGCCAUAUCCUGAUCAUCCAGACAGAUUUGAUCUUUGGCCUCAGGUGUUGUGUAGAGAGAGUGUGUGUGGACGCUGUUACUGGGAGAUUGAGUGGAGUGGAGAUAAUGUGUUAAUAUCAGUGUCAUAUAAGAGCAUCAGCAGGAAGGGAGAGGGUGGUAAAUGUUGGUUUGGAUCUAAUGAUCAGUCCUGGAGUUUGUACUGCACUCCUGACAGCUACUCAUUCAAACACAAUAAGAUAGAGACUGAUCUCCCUGUAAAGCCCAUCAGCAGGAGAAUAGGAGUGUUUGUGGAUCACAGUGCAGGAACUCUGUCUUUCUACAGCGUCUCUGACACAAUGAGCCUCAUCCACACAGUCCAGACCACAUUCACUCAGCCGUUCUAUCCUGGGUUUUGGGUUGGUUAUAAAUCAUCAGUGAAACUGUGUUGA